CUUCGAAGCCUCUAGACCCCUUGGAAUUUCAAAGUUCAAACCCAAUCCCCCCCUCUUGAAACUUUAAAACCACACUCCCCAAUUGCCACCCUUCUCCAUCACUCCCUCCCUUCCUUUCCCUUAAGCCUUAAACAACAACCACACAAGCAAACCCUGCCUCUCUCUCUCUCUCUCUCUCUCUCUCUCUCUCUCUCUCUCUCUCUCUCAAAAGCAAAAUUAGUGCAAGAAUUUUUUCGAGUUUGUGAGAAAAUCAUUGUUGGAAUUUGAUGGGCAGUUUAGUUGGGCAUGUUAUACCAGGAUUGGGGUUUCUUCUCAUUGGCUUAUGGCACCUAUUUAAUCACAUCAAGCUCCAUCUUCACCAACCCAACUCCUACAGAGCUCCACCAUGGUUUCCCACCUCCAAAUUCAAGUACUUGGAGCUCAUCGUAAUCAUGGGAGGAUCCUUUGUCUCCAUUGCCAUGGAACUCUUCAUAAGCCCACAUAAACACCAACCUCUUGAUGAUGAUGGAACCAUCCCCUCCUACCAUCUUCACAACUUUGAACACGCUUCAAUUUCCAUGACUUUCUUGGUCUAUGCAGCUUUUGCAAUCAUUCUUGACAAAGUAGGCCCAAAAGCCCAAUAUGGUUUGACCCAACUGCUUGGAGCCAUAGCCUUUGGGCAGCAGCUUCUUCUCUUUCAUCUUCACUCUGCUGAUCACAUGGGCCCUGAAGGCCAAUACCACAUGCUUCUACAGAUUGUGAUUCUUGUUUCUUUGGCCACAACCCUCAUGGGAAUUGGUCUCCCUAAGAGUUUCUUGGUCAGCUUUGUGAGGUCACUAAGCAUAUUUUUCCAAGGUCUUUGGCUUAUGGUCAUGGGUUUCAUGCUUUGGACACCUGACUUGAUGCCAAAAGGUUGUUUCAUGAACUCAGAGGAUGGUCACUUUGUGGUUAGGUGCCAGGGAGAGGAGGCACUUCACAGAGCCAAGUCCUUAGUGAACCUUCAAUUUAGCUGGUUCUUGGUGGGAGUAUCAAUUUUUGGGGUGUCCUUCUAUUUGGCACUGGUUAAAUUUUAUGGAGAAAAGGUUGAUUAUUUUUCACUGGCAAGGCAAAUAGAAGAAGAUGAAGAUGACCCAGCUGAUGAUGUUGAAUCCCAAAAGAAGAGUAAGCUUGGAGACUCAAAGAGUUUUAUAAAUCAUAUGGAAAAAACAGCCUUUGUGCCCAAAGAUAUGGAAAGGUAGACGGAAAAAGUGCGAAGGUAGACACAUGGAUGUGUGAUUUGGUAUGCGUGUAAAAAUUAAUUAGGUUGGUGGAAUAUAAUAGAUUAAGCCAACCAUAAUUAAAACAGGGAUUUGUGUGGGAGGGAAAAGUAUGCAUAUAUAUAUAUAUAUAUAUAUAUAUAUAUAUGUGUGUGUGGCGAAAUUGUUUGGUUUUAGCUUUAGCCAGAGAAGAAGAUUUAUUCUAUCUUCCAAAUUAUAUAUUAAAUUGUAAAAAAUCUUCAAUUGAUUUUAUUAUAUCUUUGAAUGAAUUAUUUAUCAUGUUAUUGAUUCGGACAUCA